AUGGAACAAGCCAUUGUAGACAGCCUAAAUAAGCUACAGCUCACAAAAGAAGAAGAGAAAGAUAUUGUUAUAUCAACAAAAAGCACACUAGAUCUGCUUGAAGAGUGCUCACUUAGCCUAUUUGGGAGAUUGCUUGCAGAUAGACAACAAAACCAGCGAGCAUUUAAGAGCACAUUAAGAUCCACUUGGAAGAUGGGUUCUGAUCUCAGAAUCGUGGAGGUUGGAAAUAAUAUUUUACAAUUCAGAUUUAGCUCAAUGUACCAGCUGGAGUGGGUUGAGAAAAGCGGACCGUGGAACUUCGAAAAUAACUUACUCCUUCUAUGCCGAUGGAGACCAGGUUUGUCAACAGCCAAUAUCUCCUUUUCUCACUCUCCAUUUUGGGUGCAAAUUUGGGGUCUACUGUUUGAACUUAUGACAGAGGAGGCUGGGAAGGAUAUUGGGUGUAAACUAGGGAAGGUUAUUGAAGUAGAUAAAAGGGCAUUGCAAGCAGAUCAAGCAAACUUCCUAUGGGUAAAGGUCGACCUGCCCAUUGAGAAGCCCCUUAAAAGAGGGGGAUAUAUCACAAAUAUUGAUGGAGAAAGAGGCUGGGUUGCCUUUAAAUAUGAGUGA